CAGGAGAUGACCAGAGACUGCGGACAUAAUACAGGAAGAUGACCAGAGACUGCAGACAGUACAGGAGAUGACCAGAGACUGCGACACAGCACAGGAGAUGACCAGAGACUGCGGACACAGUACAUGAGAUGAACCAGAGACUGCGGACAGUACAGGGAUGACCAGAGACUGCGGACACAGUACAGGGAUAUGACCAGAGACUGCGGACACAGUACAGGGAUGACCAGAGACUGCAGACACAGUACAGGGAUGACCCCCAGUAGAACUGCGGACACAGUAACAGGGAAGACCAGGACUGCGGACACAGUACAAAGGAUAGACCAAGAGACCUGUUGCGGACACAGUAGCAGGGAUGACCAGAGAACUGCAUACAUUACAGUGAUGACCAAAGAAACUGCGGACAGUACAGGGAUGACCAAUACUUGACUGCAGACACAGUUACGAGGAGAUUACCAAGAGAAUGACCAGAGACCAGCAGACCACAUUAACAGGAGAUGACCAGAGACUUGCGGACGACAGUACAAGGAUGACCAAAGACUGCGGGAACAGUACAGGGAUGACCAGAGCUGCGGGCCAGUACAGGGAAAGAC